AUGAGUUCACAGACAUCUUCUCGAGCGGUCACCAUAAGCUAUUUCGAUCCCUUUGAUGUAUUCGAAAGUAUCAAAGGUGAGUUCCUACAGAUUUUCCCAUUUCAAAACAUACAUUGGAAAUCACCAGGAGGUGCUGUAAGGACUGUACGUCAAUUACCUGUUAAUUUAGUUAUUGAGAGCGAAGCUUCUGAGCUUAAUAUUGAUGAUGUGAAUCAUUUUGUGAGGUUUAUCGUGGUCAAUUGCAUAUCUGUCGAUGAUUACCGUGGGAAAGUGAGACCGCUGUUGAGACAGUGGUUACCAGUAUCGGAUAAGACAUCUGUAGAUGUUGAUUCUGUAGAGACUCCCAAACCUAUUGUUUUGCUAUAUGCCAAUUCUGAAGUAGUCGAUUCCAACCUUUUCAAAUCAAUUUCAUUAAUAGAUAAAUUUGCCAAGGAUUUCCCAGGACUCAAGACUCUGGUAUUGAGGUCAGUUUACAAAUCUCCAACUGAUAGAGAGGACUUUUGGAACCAAAUGGGCAAUAAGAUUAAAUCUUGUCUACUAGACAUUUUCCAGAAGAGAUUAACAAACUAUAGGAAAAAACUAUCCAAUCCCAAAAAUGCUGACGAAGAGCUGGGACUAAGAGAAAAAAUCUUAGAGCUUUACUUGGCAUUUAACAUGCAUGAGGAGGCUACGACUCAAUUGAACGAAAUAAGAGAUAAUGUGGUUAGCAAGAGAGAGAAUUCUCUGCCGAACGGUGAAUUGGAGACUCCCUUCAAUUUUGCUCAAAAUGAAAAUGUAGACGAUGGCUCAAUUGCGAAAAUGUUACUGGAGAAUAAAUUGACUAAAUUUCAAUAUUUCAAGUAUUUCUUCGUGAAAAGAUUUCGGGUUUUGAAUAUGGGGAAAACUAAUGUUCCCAGAUUGUUACAACUAUACAGAUUGAUUCGAGAUUUUUUACAUUGUAUUGAAUCCAUCUUUAGAGACUCUCCUCAAAUCCUCGAAUUUAAAUACUGUUUUAUCGAUGAUAUUUUGAAGUACAUUAACGAUGGGGGGAUACCUAUUUUCUUGGAGAUGAAAGCUGAGCUUUCACUUUUGAAAAGAGAUUGUUGGGUCCAAGGUGUCUUAGCAAACACAGAUUUUAAAUUGAUAGAUAAAAGUUUUCCCAAAUCGAAUGUAAAAUUUACGUUUGAUAGGUUGAAGGAAAGCUACAAGGAUGAAAAUACUUUCCACGAGAAUUUUGUCAAAUCUACAAGUCUGCUUCUUGCCCUAUACAAUAAGAGCAGCGAUAAAAAACGAAGAAUAGUAGAUAUUUUAUCCCUGGAAAUUGGUAUGUUGCACUACCAAAGAGGUGAAUAUGAGAAAGCCGUCUCGCUCUUUGAUUCAUGCUAUGAAUAUUACAUGGAAACUGGGUGGGAUAUCAUUGGACUCAAAAUUGUUCAAAUGUACUAUGAUUCUUUGAUUCACUGUCCACAGAUAAAAUAUUUAAAAAGAGAUGAUGAAGAUGUGUCCGUAUCAAUUGUUCUCAGUAACGCAUUUCUCAAUAUUCUAAGGAUUUCCAAGGACGAAGAUGAAAAGAGGCAAAUCUGGAAGAAAUUUUUCGAGUUGCAAAAAGAAAUGGAAUCUCCAUCUUUGGUUUAUCAAACUGAUGGACUUUUCUGCAUUGCCCUCAGUGAUCUUUCUUACCUUUCAGAGGCUAACGUCUACAAGAUCGACGUGACAAUUCGAAAUCUAGCGUUUCUAGAGCCAAUAACCGCUGACUCGAUUAAAUUAAUUUUGAAAAACUCUGAUGAUCAAUUUGUGGAAUUUAAACUGAGCAGCGUAAAUUUUGCCCCAUCUACAAACCAUUACGCGUUAGAGGCUACUGAAAUUUCGUUUGGGGAAUUUCAACCUGUAUCCAUAGAAAUAAAGGUGGGAAAUGCCACUUUUCUAGAAGGGUUUGUCAAUGAGAAUCAUCCCAUUUUCAUUGAACCACUAUAUCAUCCGGAAAAUAUUUCCUGCUCCGUUCAACAAUCCAAACGUUUGAAUUUAGGAGAAUAUGCCAUUGAUUUAAUACAUCAGAACGUUAAGGGCCUAGAAUCGUUCGCAGUGGAAAUUAUGGUGGAGCCAAAUUUAGGCUCAUUCCCAAUCAGUUUUUCCCAAGAUCAAGAUUUGUAUCGUAAAAGAGUGGUUGACAUCAAGAACGAUACAACAAUACGAUAUUUUCCAAAAGAUUCAAUCAAUUCCUUUCGACUCAAAGUUAAAACCUCUUUCACGAAAAAGGAUAAUCCAAGAGAAUUUAGUGAAAUCAGGCAUUUCACCAUAUCAUGCUAUCUUCCACUUUCAGUCUCCGUGGAGGAUAUUUUUAAAAAAGAUGCAUUCAUAUUCAAAUUUUUAUUGAAUUCUUCAACUGAAGAAGAACCAAUAAUCUUGUACAGUUCUAAAUUGAGAGCACCCGAGAAUUCUGAGCGUUAUACAUUAUUUGGUGAUUUCGAACCCAAUGAUCUUAUCUAUUUAACCGCUGAUCCAAACGAAAGUGCACUGAAUUGUUACCAAGUAACUACAAAGGACAAAUUUGACCACAAUGAUUUGUUUCAGUUAAAAGUCACUUACAAUACUUUGAAAGAGCAAAUCAAUGGAUUGGUGACUGAUUCCAUUAUGUUGCAAGGUGAUAUGGAAUGGUACCAAGAAUUUGAAUUAUGGAAACAUUUAUGGGAAAAUAAAAUUCUACCUCUAUUUCAAUAUGAUUAUAACGCUUUCAUACAAAGUUGUACCAUUACUACCAUGCCUGGCACUUUAAAUAUAACUGAUAUUUGUGAUUACCUGUUGAAACUUUCAGUAUCCAAACCAGUUACCAAGAGAAUUAUAGAAACAUUAAAAAAAAUUGUACGAGGCGUGGAAUUAACAGAUAUUGAUAUUUAUGCAUACGUGAAGAAUUUGACACCAAGGACCUUGAUUGUUCCCGUUGAGCUACCUCAAAUGGACUAUUUCUUUUAUGUGGAAUUUUCGAAAACUCUAGAGGAACAAUAUCAAGUGGGGUCACCUAUGUUGAUAAAAAUUAGAGUUGAGAAUCUAAGUGGAAAAUGGGGGUCUCAAGAAGUAUCCGAUGCCUUUGUGCUUGAGGUUGCAAGCAGUAAUGAAUGGUUGGCGCAUGGUAAAAAGCGGAUGUUAAUACGGUCAGAGAUUAAUGAGUUUGAAUUAUACGUUAUUCCGUUAAAGAAAGGCUAUUUGAAUUACCCUCGCAUAGAAAUUAGUAGUGUGGAGACUGGAGUGCCCACUAGAAUAGACAAUCCAAAUGCAUCUGAAACAUUACUUGUUUUGUAA